AUCAGGAUGACAUCUACGCUAGUAGCAAAUGGACCACUUGAGCUAAGAGACGUAACGGGUCCAUAUGCUUCGGCAGUCUCCAGCGGGAUAGCCACAUACAUAACUCACCUCACAGCGCAACCCCAGCACACUUCUGUGCUAAACCUCUUAGCCACUGGAGUCGAUCCUCGCGUCCUCUCGUCUAUUGCUGGGGAUCCAUCUGCAUUGAUUGUGGCAACAACGACACCAGCGUGGUUCGACAAGCUUCCGCCGGCAGCUCAGAGCUAUUUCAAGAGUGUUGGAGCAGCGGAGGCCAGCAUUUCCGAGAGCAUCGUCAGCUCCUUAUCAUCCAUGUCGGAAGCUGCGGGGAAGGCAACUGGGGCUCCAACUUUCCGCCCUGUUGCCUCUGUGGGGAGGAAAGAACGUGAGGUUGGGAUAUCGUUUGGAAGUGGAAGCGUGCGUUAUGGAGCUCUGUGCUUCGUCUCCCUCGUUUUCUUGUUGGUCUUGUAG